AUGGAUGGACAUGAUGCAGAUGACCCGAAACAGAGCACUGCUGAUAUGACAGCUUUUGUACAAAAUCUUCUUCAACAGAUGGUGUUGCUCAAAUAUAGAAACUUCAUUGAUCUCAUUGAUUUGAAUUAUGUUGGUACUUGUUUCCUUGACCACCAUGAUGCACUUGAUGAGAUGGGCAAUAGGAUAGAUGAGUUGGAGCAGAGCAUCAAUGAUCUCAGAACCGAGAUGGGAGUGGAGGGCUCACCAUCUCCUUCAGCCCCUUCGAAGUCAAAUAUCGAACCCAAGUCAGCUGAUGAUUCAACCAACGAGUAG